AUGUCUACUGUCCUUCAGGGUCCCGUCGAGGCGCGGUCACUGUCAUCCGUGACCGCUAUCGCAUCGAAUCCCCCCGCCUACCCGCGCAAUCCCACCCACGGGAAACACGAACCGUUGUCCCUAUACAUUGUGCGCGUACCAGGAAGCAAAGACAUUUUCCUUUCGCCUCUGAAACCACCAACCAAGUCCAGUGUUUCCGCGGAGGCUAUCAAUGCUUCUCUUUAUUAUCUCCAUGUCUCGACUCCCGAAGAUGACACCCUGCUCCAAGAAGCGCAAGAACAGCGCGAGGAGGAGGCCCAGUUGCGUAAGGAACGGCUCGAGAAAGCAGGCGCCGACGACCCAGCGCAGCGCGAGUUUGCACGGCUGAACAAUGUGCGUCGCAAACCUGUGAGAGGGGAAACAAACCCCGAGGCUGCACCAGUACUACCCCAACACAAUGUUGCUGCUCCCCCGGCCUUGCCGCCGAAACAACCCAUGGCGCAGGUGACUGCGGAAAAUGUUUCUUUUUCUGGGACCCCAGUGGCCAAUACAAGGCUUAAUUCGGGAUAUCCCGUAUCCGAAGGUGCAGUAGGUGAGACUGGUGUUCAGAGUGCCGUACCGCGACGGCCACUCCCUCCCCUGCCACCUGGUGAAGAAUCAUGGGCCGAUACUCCAACCCAGGACCCCAAUAAGAGAACUACCCGGUGGAGUGCAUUCGCCGGACAUAUUCAAAGUAAGGGAGAGAAUUGGAAGGAAAGAUACGAGGCACUGUCGGCUGGCCGCCAUAGCCUCGACUCUCCCAGGCCACAAUUGCGACCUCGCUCGUCGCAUGACCGCCCCGGGUCACCACUAAGAAGCCCUGGACAAUCGCCUUCUCGGCAGAGAAAUGCACAUAGUAAUCCUUCUAGCAAUGCUGGUUUUCACAUCACCCUUAUCAGACGUGAUCCAGCAUCUGGCACACAAUGGAAUGUGGCGACCAUCUCAACUCCGCGCAUGGACUGCAAUGCUGUCGAUAUCGAGAUCUCCACGCCCGGGUAUAAUAAAUUCGCAGGCUCCAAUGAACUACCUUCAUUAUCCAGCCUGGCAGGCAACAUCCCAACAGGGAUUGGCCGCCUGUCUGGCGCUGCACUCCAGCGAUCCUUGGCCGCUGAGCUACCAAAAGAAGCAAAAGAACAACCAUCAGGGCCGCGCAAAUUCCACCGCCAGCUCUGCGUGUCAAAACCUUUCGACGACUCCGCCAACUGCAGCAACGGCCAUGUCCCAGAUAGCUCAAAGUUGAAAAGCGGCUACUACGUCUUCACCUCACCCUGGAACGGCACCUGCACCUUCUCCAGCAGCGUCAACGGUCGAAGCCUCAAAUGCAAACACAUGAUCCCAACCCCAGGUGGUCCAGUCCCACCAUCGGGCGAGACCGAAGCUCCCUCUGCUGUGACCGUGGCCGAGCUCCGCUUCAACACUCCUUUCCAAGCAGCCAACCUGCACACACAUGCCCAACACGCAGUCCACAAGCCACAACCCAAUCAUGUAUCUCCCUUCACCCAAAGCCAACUCCAAAUUCAAUCUCUCCCCCGUCCCAUCCUUGACACCGAAAACCGACCCCCGGACACCCCCUCAUCCAACUACGCAGCCGCCAAACGCGGCUCGUUCUCCCAACUUCUAAACCCAAACACUUACUCCCGUCCGCGCGCCCAUUCAGGCCCAGGCUCAACCCCCUCCAUCCCCGCCACGCCGACCGACCAACGGCCCUCCUUCAACCCCUCCAAUCUCCUCCGCAGAACCUCCUUGCAUGCGCAGCGCUUUGCGCGCCAGAACCAGUUCCACCCUCCGCAAUCCCGACACCGCAGCAUGAGCAAUAGCAGCAAUGGCGUGGAUUGCGAUGCAGAAUCUGAUGAGGACAGGCUGGAUUUAUCGCUUGCGAGGGAGCCUGCUGGUGGUGGGUUUAGGGGGAAGAGUGCCAAGCUGGGAAAAUUGGUUAUUGAGGAUGAGGGCAUUAAGAUGCUCGAUCUUGUUGUUGCGGCUUGUAUGGCUGUUUGGUGGAGGGGCUACUAUUACUAG